CAUAUUUUCACAUUACCCGAAACCCUAAUCCCCAAUUUCUCUUCCAAUCACAAUAAUAUCUGAGAAAAUUGAAAGAGAUUAAAUUCGAAAAUUUCCGGCGAUCAAAGUCUUCCUCCAGACAUUCCAGAAGUUGAUCAAUAUGAGAUUCAGAAAAGGAAGCAGAGUUGAGGUGUUUAGCAACAAAGAGGCACCUUACGGUGCGUGGCGAUGUGCUGAGAUCAUCUCUGGUAAUGGACACACCUACAACGUCAGAUACUUCUCUUUCCACGAGGAGGCUGUCUUGGAGAGAGCUCCGAGGAAGGUGAUCAGGCCGUGUCCUCCGCAGGUCGAUGUCGAGCGAUGGGAGGCUGGUGAAUUGGUGGAAGUUCUCGAUAGCUUCUCUUGGAAAGCUGCCACGGUUCGACAGGAGUUGUGUGGGAAGUACUACGUGGUUCGGUUGCUCGGGACUCCGUCGGAGUUUACGUUUCACAAAGCUAACAUCAGGGUCCGACAGUCUUGGCAAGAUGAGAGAUGGGUUGCGAUUGGAAAGAUAUCCGGUUCUGUGAAGUCAUCCGCGCUGACUGGAUCAGACGUACAACGGAAGCUGCAGCCCCAAGUGAACAGCAUACGUCUACAGGAACCUAGUGUUGUCUCUGCUAGAAUGUUAAAGAGGCCGUCACCUAACAACUGGCCUGAGUGUGCUGAAUCAUGCACAGGAAACCCUAAGAAGAUACGAUCACUGGAAGCUUCCUCUAAGAAUCGUGAGACCGGUUGCUGUCAGUUGGUCAGGGUAAGAUCAAAAGGUUCUGACGAGAGUGUUCGUGCAGGAAGCUUAGUCGCUGAUGAGUGUUAUGAUAGCGAUGCAUGCUCGGUUGGUAGUUGUAGCGCUGCUAGUGAUGAUGAGAGUAACAUGCCACCUUGUAUGAUGCUAGAUGGCUCUAGUCAACAGGCAGAUUCAUGUAGCAGCGAGGCUGAAUCUUUCUGUGGCCUUAGGGAAGACGCAAGGCGGAAACGUUCAGUGGCAGGUGAUGGAGUAAGAAGGUCAUGUAGGUCUGAACUAUAUACUUACCGAAGUACAUUGGGGGACUUAUUCGCUUCUGGUCCCUUAAGUUGGGAACAAGAAACGUCGUUAACUGAUCUCCGUCUUUCUCUUAAUAUAUCAGAUGAUGAACAUUUGAUGGAGGUAAAAAAUUUGAUAUCUGCUGGUACCCGCAGUCAAUUUUGCUAGUAUCAAUCAGAAUUAAUUCUUUUUAUCUUUUUGUCCUGGCCAUAUUUCCCUGCAACGUGGAAUCAUUCAACUGUCAUAUAUUGUUCCUUUCCCAGUGGAUUUGAUAUUGAGUGUAUAGUCACAGCAGAAUAUAUAAGAACAUUGUCGCCUUGUCCGAGGCAUGGCAGACCUUUGGCUUUUAGAGGUUUAACUCUGAUGCUGGGGUUUACGACUUCUCCCUUUGGCCAUAUGAGUGGUGCAAUACCAUUCCUGUUCUUCAAAAAGUAACUGGCUUUUAUGCUAUUUUUCAUUUUGUCACUAUCUUGAUUAUUUCAGGUGUCCUGGAGUUGGCUUUGUCCACAGGGCUGAAAGCUCUGGUGCUUUGAGCAGGUUUCCUUAUAUGUUUACAGUCUGUUGGAUUAAAUUUGCUGAUCACAUGUCAAGCCUUAGCCCUUUCCAGUUCACUAAUUAUCUCUUGCGGUGCCUUCUUUUUGGUAUUCUUUCUGUUCUGAUUGCUUCAUUAGAACUGCAUGAUGUAGAUGCUACCAUGUCGAAGUAUCAUUAGGCAUAGUCCAUUCUUUUUGGAAAUAAGCGUUGUGGCUUGUUGAGAGCAUUCUUGCUCAGUUAGUCGCAUAUGCGUUGUGGAAAUUCUCCAAGCUCACUCUCCAGAUAUCUCCAGCAAAGCUAGUUGUUUAAAUUGUUGUCUUAACUCUAGUUGCUUCCUUUCAUUCAUGUGAUGAAGUCACAGUUAUUAGCAUCAACAUGAGGCAGUAAAAGUACUUGCAAGUUCAUAUUUUAUAUAAACACAAUCAUCCCCUCCCUCACUGGAUAGUAGAAUUGUGUUAUGUUUGUAAUUGAUCCAAGAAACUGUAUGAAUGUUUGUAGUGAAGAUUAAUAUUAUUAUGUUGGGAUGAACAA